AUGUCGGCCGGCGCAUACGACCGACACAUCACCAUCUUCGCCGACAAUGGUCGGUUGUACCAAGUUGAGUACGCCUUCAAGGCGAUCACAGCAGCCAACAUCAUGUCUGUCGGUGUGAGGGGCAAGGACUGCGCCGUUGUCCUGUCCCAGAAGAAGGUCCCCGAUAAGCUGAUCGACCCUGCCUCCGUCUCCCACAUCUUCCAGAUCUCGCCCUCGGUCGGAUGCGUGAUUACAGGAUCCAUCGCGGAUGCCCGAGCUUUUGCUCAAAGGGCCCAGGGCGAGGCGGCAGAGUUCCGAUACAAGUACGGCUACGAGAUGCCAGCUGAUGCCCUGGCGAAGCGCUUGGCCAACAUCAGCCAGGUCUAUACUCAGCGAGCAUACAUGCGGCCCUACGGCGUCGCGACGACGCUGAUCGCACUCGAUUCGGAAUAUGGUCCCCAGCUGUUCAAGUGCGACCCUGCCGGAUACUACAUCGGCUACAAGGGCACCGCGGCGGGCCCGAAGCAGCAGGAAGCGCUGAACCACCUCGAGAAGAAGCUGCGCAACAAGGAUCACGCCGAGGGUUCCUGGGAGGAUGUGGUUGAGCUGGCCAUUACAACGCUGAGCACCGUCCUGAGCAUGGAUUUCAAGAAGGGGGAGAUUGAGAUUGGUAUCGUGGGCGGCCCGCGAGCCGACGGUGAGGAGGGAACCUACCCAGGGUUCAGAACCUUGACCGAGGAGGAGAUUGACGACCGGUUACAAGCUAUUGCCGAGAAGGACUGA